AUGCGCCGGAAAAACAAGUCGAGGAAAGCCCGACGAACUGGUACACCUGUAGGAGAAGAGGAACUAUACUCUGAUUGUGAUGUCACGGAAGAAGUUUAUGAGGUCGAAUGUAUUGUUGAUCAUCGAUGCCGUCGUGGUGGCACAGAAUACAAGGUUCGGUGGCGAGGAUGGUCUCCUCAGUUUGACGAGUGGUUGCAUUACUCAAAAAUGGAUUGUCCGGAAGCAAUAAAGGAAUACUGGGAACAGGUCGAAGCACGAAAAUCAAAAGAACCAGGUUCCUCGAAGAAACGUGAUCAUAGCGAUACACAUAGUGUGAAGUCCAAUUCUUCUCGGAGAAGUACCUCACCUCCUGAAGCUAAACGACGACUUUUUGAUAACACUGAUCUUCAAGGCGGUAGCCAGGAUUCUGGAUCUGUAUCACCAACGAUAAGUGAGUGUUUGGGACGUGCAUCUCCUAAACAGUAUGGGCAAGGGGAAACUCUCGAAGACCGGCAAUCUGUUGAAAAGGGUGCUACGAAUAGUAAGAGUGCUAGCGUUGAACCAAAUGAGCGGGUCGAUUCUGUUGCCCAGGAAGGUGUGGAACUUGACGCACAGCCUCAGCCUGCUCAAGGUGUGACCACAACUUCUCUUCAAAAAGAAAUCCCAUCCACGGAUGUUUCGGCACGCUCAUCUCCAUGUCCAUCGCUGCAACAAUCUGUGCGCAAGUCGGUGAGUCAUAGCAAGUUGUAA